AUGGUGAAGCCCUCCUUACCCGCAGCUGCCAUUCCUUCCAGGCCCAGCCCCUUUUGCCCUCCUCCUCUUCCUUAUCUCUGGCCCCACAUUGGGUCUCGCUUUGUAAAGACAGACUCCCUUGAUCAGACACCCGCAGAGCUGCUGGCAAAGACCUCGUGGGAGCUGGAGAUGGCAGGCAUGCUGCUGUGGGCCGCUCAGGGAGAAAAUGGCAUGAAAAACCACACGAUCCGCGUGGGAACCAGGAAGAGCCAGCUGGCUCGUAUCCAGACGGACAGCGUGGUGCAGAUGCUCCAGGAGCGCCACCCCCACCUCUGCUUUGAGAUUGUUGCCAUGUCGACCACCGGAGACAAGAUUCUGGACACGGCUCUCUCCAAGAUUGGAGAGAAAAGCCUCUUUACCAAGGAGCUGGAAAAUGCCCUGGAGCGGAACGAGGUUGACCUGGUGGUUCACUCGCUGAAGGACCUGCCCACAUCCUUGGCCCCUGGCUUCACAGUUGGCGCCAUCUGCAAGAGAGAGAACCCCCAUGAUGCCGUCGUCUUUCACCCCAAGCACUCUGGGAAAACUCUCAGCAGCCUUCCUGACAAGAGUGUGGUCGGCACCAGCUCCCUCCGUCGAGCAGCUCAGCUGAAGAGGAAGUUUCCUCAGCUGGAGUUCAGGGAUAUUAGAGGGAAUUUGAACACACGCUUGAGGAAGCUGGAUGAGAAGGAAGAUUUCAGUGCCAUUAUCCUGGCUGCCGCUGGCUUGAGGCGGAUGGGUUGGGACAGCCGAAUUGGUCAGAUUCUGAGCCCUGCAGACUGCUUGUAUGCUGUUGGGCAGGGGGCAUUGGCAGUGGAGGUGAGAGCUAAAGACCACGAGAUCCUGGAGCUGGUGUCCACCUUGCAUGAUGGGGAGACCGUGCUGCGCUGCAUCGCAGAGAGGGCCUUCAUGAAGCGCUUGGAGGGGGGCUGCAGCGUCCCAGUGGCAGUGAGCACAACGGUGAAGGACUCACAGCUGUAUUUGACUGGAGCGGUCUACAGCCUGGAUGGAGCAGAAAGCCUCCAGCAGACCAUGCAAGCCAGGGUGGAUUUCUCACAGGAGGAUGCAGACGGGCCUGACGAUGACACACAGCACGUUGGCAUCAGCGCCAAGACAGUCCCUCGCCGGGCUCAGCAGGCAGCUGAGAAGCUGGGCAUGGAACUAGCAGAGCUGCUGCUCAGCCAAGGAGCUGGGCUCAUCCUCACUGUGGCCAGGCAGCUCAACGAGGCCGGAGAACCAGCAGGACUCCCACUGUGGGGCAGUGGAAGGGCAGCACCCUCCCUGCCUUGA